AUGCAGGACUUCCUCUGGAGAAACCACAGCUCUGUUACUGAAUUUAUUCUACUAGGAUUCUCUAGUAACACAAAGAUAAAUAUUAUUCUCUUCACUAUCUUCCUCUUCCUCUAUCUGAUCACCCUUUUAGGCAAUGUGCUAAUUAUCACACUGAUAUGCAUGGACUCACGCCUCCACACACCAAUGUACUUUUUCCUCAUUGUCCUCUCCAUGCUAGACAUGGGCUAUGUCACCACUACAGUGCCCCAGAUGCUGGUGCAUCUGGUUUAUAAGAAAAAGACCAUUUCCUACAUUGGAUGUGUGGCUCAGAUGUACAUCUUCCUGAUGCUGGGCAUCACUGAGUCUUGGCUUUUUGCAGUCAUGGCUUAUGACAGGUAUGUGGCCAUUUGCCAUCCCCUCAGGUAUAAGGUCAUCAUGAGUCCUUUGCUGUGUGGGUCAAUGGUAGCCUUCUGUGGAUUCUGGGGUAUCAGCUGUGCCCUGAUAUACACUAUCUCUGCCAUGGUUCUUCCCUAUUGUGGCCCCAAUGAGAUCAAUCACUUCUUCUGUGAAGUACCUGCUGUCUUGAAGUUGGCCUGUGCAGACACAUCUCUCAAUGACCAACUGGACUUCAUCCUGGGCUUCAUCCUUCUAUUGAUCCCACUCUUCCUCAUCAUAAUUGUCUACAUCAAUAUUUUUGCUACCAUCUUGAGGAUCCGCUCAGUACAGGGGCAGCUCAAGGCCUUCUCCACCUGUGCCUCUCACAUAACUGUGGUCACUAUGUUUUCUAUCCCAUGUAUGGUCAUGUACAUGAGACCUGGCUCUGAGGCUUCCCCAGAAGAGGACAAGAAGUUGGCUCUAUUCUAUAAUGUCAUCUCUGCCUUCCUUAACCCCAUCAUCUACAGCCUCAGGAAUAAAGAUGUGAAGAAGGCUUUCCUCAAAGUGAUAGGCUGGGGCAAACCACCAGAAUGA